AUGCGGCGCUGGAUGUGCGCGCUGGUCGUGUUUGCGGGGCAGUUGGUGCUGUUUGGGGCGUUGAGUUUCGCCCUGUUGAGCUGGGAGAUUCAGGAGCGCCAGGAACACUUUGCAGCCGACCUGGCCGCCCUCAGCCCGCAAAACGUCCCGCGCGCUGCUGGUACCUCCCCCCAGCCCCUUCAGCCACCUGAAAUCUUGCUCUGGUAUCGUCGGCACGUGCUUACCAUGAGCAUCUCCGUCACUCUGCGCCAGCGUGCCCCGACCGAGCGCUGCAAAAAGUUGAUUCAUCAAACAACCUGCCUUCAAACCGGUUGCUCUAUCCUCAACAACUCGGUGGCGGACGCACAAAGCGAUGCCAGCUUCUCCCAGCCUCUGCUUACACGGCAUGGUGGAAAGGACGCGGCGUUAAUGCCACCCUUGCGCAUUCUCUUUAUGCUGGUUGUCCAUGGACGAGACUACCGACAGCUGCAGCACGUUCUUAGAGCCAUCUACCACCCCAAUCACUACUACCUAAUCCAUGUCGAAGCGCGUGCCAAUCAUCUCUAUCACCAACUCAAGGCAGAUCUCGCACGGUCUCGCCUCGUAAAUGUUUUUCUCACCCAGUUUCGUCUGCCCACCAUCUGGGGCGCCAGCAACCUGUACGAGGUGUAUCUGCGUGGCAUGGCGCAGCUGGCGCAUUUGAGCUGGGAUUACUUUAUCAAUCUCAGCGGUGCCGAUUUGCCGCUAUGGCCGAUUGAUGAUAUUGUUCAGUUUCUAUCGCCUGCCAGUGCCUUGGGAAUCUCUUUUCUCAAAUCUCACGGCAAGAAUCACGAUCGUUUCAUUGCCAAGCAAGGACUAGAUCGAACGUUUGUGCUGUGCGAUAAUCACAUGUAUCGUCUGGAGAAACGCAAGCUGCCUUCGGACCUUGCCAUGGAGGGGGGCAGCGAUUGGUUUAUGCUGCAUCGGGAAUUUUCAGACUUUGUGCUGGCCGAUCCCCCUGUUGUUCAGGCCGCACGUCGCUUCUACGACUUUUCCUUGCUCUCGGCCGAGUCCUUUUUUCACGUCGUCGCAGCCAGUGCGGACGGAUUCUGCCAUCGCACCCUGAGCAACAAUUAUAGGGUGGCCAAUUGGCACCGGGAGCGGGGCUGUCAAUGCCAGGUACAGCUGCGCCUUUGUGAUACAGUCAAUUUGGCAACGUACAAGGCAAUUGUGGACUGGUGUGGUUGUUCUCCCAUGGUCUACCGUCGGGAAGAUCUCGCCAUGCUGCAGCGUCGCCGUCACCGUCCAGUCAUGUUUGGACGAAAGUUUGACAGCACCAUUAGUCACACCAUCGUCGAAGAGGUGGUGACCCGUUUGCUGCUUUUGCCGCCUCAAACUGAUCGGGCAUCCGGCUGUGGCAAUUUAGUCUUUAAUCCAGGACGUCACUUUUUGAACGUUUGGGACACGAAUGAUGGCGCCCAAAAUCGCAACACUCAGACAGCCAUGCAGGCACUUGCUGCCUCGAUCGAGGUGAGUUGCUGA